AUUUGCAAUGGUUUUCUAUAAAAGUGACUUUAUGUCUAAGAUCACGUGACUCCAUUGUGGUCACGCGAGAUUUUCAUGGCGUUGAUAUGGAGCCUUCAUUGGAAUCACGUGAAAAAUUAGCCUUUUGAUGCGACAUCGUAAUCACGUGAAAUUUUUUUCAAACGGAAGAUAACGAAAGAGCAGUACAUUAAAAUGAAUCGUGGUAUAAAUGACAGUAAAGAUCUUCCAUCUGAAUAUCUUGAAACAAUUUAUGAUGAUAUUGCACAGAAUGAAAUCAAGAUGAAACAUACACCAAAAGUGAACAGUAGAUACGAUGCUACAUAUUUACAAAGUGAGAAACAUCGUCGUAUGUUGUAUUCUAUGGAAAUGGAGCAGAUGGCGGAAAACGCCAAAACACAAAUGGAAGACGUGAGUCAUAUUCAGACGGAUUUUGUCACGGCGACACAGAUUGGUCACGUGAAGACAAUGUCCAAGGUUGCAUGGAGUCCGUUUCUUGCCGCGUUCAGCGUCAAUCUACAAGACAACGACGAUCCUUUUUCUGCAGAAGAUCGUAAGAUUGCUUAUUACAAUAUGGGUCGUAUUCGACUGCAAUGGUCACGAAUAUGGGCUGUAUUGGGAGAUCAUUUUAACAAGUGUGGUUGUAACCCUAAUGAAGAAGUUGCGUUCUUCUGUGUCGACUCUUUGCGACAAUUAUCCAUUAAAUUCUUGGAAAAGGGGGAAUCGCCAAUUUUUCCGAUUUCAAAAGGAUUUUCUCCGACCCUUUGA